AUGGUACUGAAGUUGAAUAAUAAUGAUGAUGAUGUUCAUGCCGAUGCAUCUGCGUUUGCAGAGGGAUUGAGUAAAAAAGAAGUCUACGCGCAAGUCCUCGAACAAGCGCGGAUAUUAUUCGACGGGCAGAGGAACUGGGUCUGCAACUUCUCAAACACAUCCUCCCUUCUCUGGCACGCCUUACACUCCCUCCCCUCCCCCUCGCACUCCGUUAACUGGGCUGGCUUCUACUUCACCGACCCGUCCAACCCAGCCAAACUCAUCCUCGGCCCCUUUCAAGGCCAAGUUGCAUGCCAAACGAUCCUGUUCAACCGCGGCGUGUGCGGAACCGCUGCCGCGACGCAAACAACGCAACUUGUCGCCGACGUGGACAAGUUUCCCGGCCACAUUGCGUGCGAUGGAGCGAGUAAGAGCGAGAUUGUCGUGCCGAUUGUGCAGGGGGGACGGACUGUUGCGAUUAUCGAUGUUGACUGUGCCGAGUUGAGUGGGUUUGAUGGGGAGGAUCAGAGGGCGUUGGAGGAGUUGGCGUGUAUGCUUGGAGAAGCGUGUGAUUUUUGA